GCAGGCGGAAUCCACGUCUUUACUCCUGCAAGCAUCCAACUCUUUAUGAACACAAUCCGUUGUGGGAAACGUGGGACAUUUCAAGGAUUAGACAAGCUGCAGUGUGCGGUGGUGUGGAUUGUGUCCUGAUGUACUAUUUUGAUACGCAGAAGUUUUCUCUGCGCAAGCGCACAUGUACGUCAUAGUCUUUUACCUGAGAGGAGCACACCUGGAUCCAACGAGACGGAAGUUCACUGAGGCAAUCUUUGAGCAAAUCUUUUGACUUUUUUUGGCUUCACCAGGAAGAAAAGUUUUGUUUGAAGCGAUGGUUUCCAGCUAAAGCGAGAUGGCGUUUGUUUAAUUUUCAGAGAGCAGUUUAAAGGACGUUGUUAGCCUUAACUUGUUGGUCAGCGAUUCAUGGUGCGUUGUAUUUUUUUGCUGUGGGAAUCCAGACCCGAGGUUGUUUGCUGAUUUCACCAGCCGGUUUUAAAUAUGUGAUUUUUCAAUGGAGCACAGGAAGCUUCACGCCUACCUUUUUAUUACCAAAAGCUGAAUCUCAAUCCAAAGCCAGCCAGCUCUACAUUCAAAAAGAAUGCCAGUUCUUCGCAGAGUACUCCGAAGGCGCCUGCACCCACUGAAACUUCUCGUAGUGGCUCUUGUCUUUGUCACAUUUGUGUUCUUCAUACAAUGGGAAGUCGGAAGCCAAAGCCAACAGGAGGACCCGUGGCUGAAGGAAAUGGCAGUGAAGCGGGAUGCCAUGCUGGGAAUGGUGAUGGGAGCUGUCAAUAACUUCAGGGAUGCAAUGCCAAAGAUGCAGAUCAGAGCCCCUGUACGUCAUCAGGAGAAAGCAGACGGCACGUCUUGUCUGCCAGGUCACUACACUGCUGCUGAGCUCAGGCCAGCUCUGGAGCGGCCACCCCAGAACCCUCUUGCCCCCGGAGCUGCUGGGAAACCUUUCAACACUGACUCGCUGAGCCCCAAUGAGCAAAAGGAGAAGGAGAGGGGUGAAGAGAAACACUGCUUUAACUUGUAUGCAAGUGACCACAUCUCUCUGAGCAGAGACCUGGGUGCAGACACAAGACCACCAGAAUGCAUUGAGCAAACCUUCAAGCGAUGCCCCCCCUUGCUGACCACCAGUGUGAUAAUUGUGUUUCACAAUGAGGCCUGGAGCACUCUGCUAAGGACGGUAUACAGUGUCCUUCACACCUCCCCCGCCAUUCUCCUCAAAGAGAUCAUCCUGGUGGAUGACGCCAGCGUAGAUGAUGAGUUAAAGGACAAGCUGGAUGAUUAUUUGAAGCAGCUGAACAUUGUACGAGUCAUGCGCCAGCGAGAGAGAAAAGGACUCAUAACUGCUCGGCUCCUGGGUGCCUCCGUGGCGACUGGUGACACACUCACCUUUCUGGAUGCUCAUUGUGAAUGCUUUAAUGGAUGGCUGGAACCUCUGCUGGCUAGGAUAGCGGAAAACUACACUGCAGUAGUGAGUCCUGAUAUUACCACUAUUGAUCUCAAUACUUUUGAGUUCAUGAAACCGUCCCCUUACGGCCAGAAUCACAAUCGGGGGAACUUUGAUUGGAGUCUUUCAUUUGGUUGGGAGAGCCUACCAGAUCAUGAGAAGCGAAGGAGGAAGGAUGAGACGUAUCCAAUCAAGACUCCCACGUUUGCUGGUGGGCUCUUCUCCAUCUCCAAAGAAUAUUUCUACCGUAUCGGAAGCUAUGAUGAAGAAAUGGAAAUCUGGGGUGGGGAGAAUAUCGAAAUGUCCUUUAGGGUAUGGCAGUGUGGAGGACAGUUGGAGAUAAUUCCUUGUUCCAUUGUUGGUCAUGUUUUCCGCACCAAAAGUCCACACACCUUUCCAAAGGGUACACAAGUGAUUGCUCGCAAUCAGGUGAGACUGGCUGAAGUCUGGAUGGAUGACUACAAAGAGAUCUUUUACCGACGUAACCAGCAAGCUGCACAGAUCGCAAAAGAUGGAGCUUUUGGCGAUAUCUCCAAACGUGUGGAACUCCGUGAAAAGCUGCAGUGCAAGAGCUUCUCCUGGUAUUUGCAGAACGUUUAUCCAGAAGUCUUCAUGCCUGAUCUCAACCCACUUCGCUUUGGCUCAGUGAAAAAUGUGGGCAAGGACUCAUGUCUGGAUGCUGGGGAGAACAAUGAGGGUGGGAAACAGCUGAUCAUGUACCCAUGUCAUGGUCUAGGAGGAAACCAGUAUUUCGAGUACUCCACACAUCACGAGAUUAGACACAACAUUCAGAAGGAGCUGUGUUUGCACGGGGCGGAGGGGGCUGUGAAGCUGGAGGACUGCCAGUACAAAGGCAAAAAGACAGUGGUGGGAGCAGAGCAAAAAUGGGAACUGAAGGAUAACCAGUUAUUCUACAAUCCCGGAUGGAACAUGUGUCUGAGUGCCCGUCACGAGCAUCCUUCUCUGGCUCUUUGCAACCCUUCUGACAGAUACCAGCAUUGGUCCUUCGUCUGAGUGCACAAAAUACCACUUUAGAAAAAGCUACUCUGUGUGAGGAACAAGCUAGGACAAAAAAAUACUAUAUGCAGUUUCCAUGCUGAUUUUUUUUUUUCCUUUUUUAAUUAUUUUUAGAUAAAUUAUCACACUGAUUUUUUAUUUAUUUUUAUACAGAGAUGAGCUGAAGGAAAGUUAGGGCUGAGUAUAUGAACAAUGAAGAUGCACUUUGCUGACAAGUGCCUCUUUUGUGUUUGACAUAUUUUCACCACUCCAAGUCUUCCCAACCAAAACACACAGUUUUGGGUAUUUAAAGCUAACACUAGUAAGUUCCAGAGACAACGAUCUAUAGGAAAGAAAUGGGAAGGAAAAAUAACACGUGUUAUAGGGUUAAGGUCUUGGGCACAAGAUCAAUUGGUUCAUCAGGUCUCCGCAGCAUUGAACUCUGUUCUUCCUAAAGGUAGUCCCUGAUUUAUAUUGUGAUGCAGUUCAGAACAGACAUCCAAAGCCUCCUAUAGAAGUCGUACUGGAUAAAGGUACUCCAAAGGCGAAAUGUGAUUCACAUCAUUUUAAUAGUAAUUAAAAUGUAAGAAACCUACUAAAAAAUGUUUUCAUAGUGGGCUAAAAGGUGAUUACUCAUGACAAUUUUGCAUUGCUUUGCAGUGACUCUUUUCUCCAAUAGUUUAAGUGGACCCUAAUCAUGCCCGAAAACAGUCUCUCACUGUAUAACUAAGCCAAGGAUCCCCUCCGUGUAGGGUGAAAAGGGUUUUUCUUUUAAUCUGUCAACAAAUAUAUGAAUCUAAAAUGAAGAAAAAAUUGUGUAUUGUGUAGAUCAUAAAGAUUCAAAAUGACAAGUCAAAAACACAUUUUAGGACAAGCAGUGAAAACAUGACACUGACAAGAAUGAUGUACAUUGUGCCUUUUUAAAAAUGUGUUUCUUGGACUGAAAAACCUCCUAUUCAGUACCGUCCAGUGCCUUGGAUAAUUUGUUGUUUGUUUUUUUUUGUUUGUUUCUGUUUUUUAUUUCCCCUUGGACAGGAAUGUGUGUCAGUGUUGUCAGCGUGGGUGAUGGUUUAUUGAGGUUAGGGUUAACAGAUUUCUGUCAACACAGUGUUUUGGUUCAUUUUAUUUUUUUUUUUUAAUCAAAAGGACCUUCAGAGCAGGACUGAACUUUAUAGAUUUCAGUUGAUUCUGAAAGUAUCUUUUUUAUUGUUGUUGUUGUUGUUGUUGUUAUUAUUUAGUUUGUUUGUUUUUUGUUUUUUUUUUGUUUUUUUGAGGGAAAGUAAGUUAUGUCUUAAACAUGUAUUUCAAUCAGUUAAUGCAUCGGUUUUUGUUUUUUAGCAUCAUGUAUGCAGUAAUGAAUACUGUCUUCUGAGAUAUAUUAUUUUUAACUGCAGCACAGUUUUCCUGUAUUAUUUAAGUUUGUGCUUUGGUGGGGUUUUUAUUUUUUAUUUUUAGUUUUUUUAAGGAAACUGUGAAUGGAAAAUAUUGUGCCCAAGGGACUCCAUUUUUACAGCAGGGGUUCUCAAAUGAAUUUCUGGUGCAGGCACUAGUGUUUAGAUGGCUGUGGAUUAAUGUAAAUUUGUUUUAGUGGCGGAAGAAUGGAUAUAAAUGUUCUGUGUUAGAGUGCCUUGGUCUAAUGAUUAUAUUUUGAACUCAAUAAAUUCAGUUGCGUCCCGCUUAGAGCUAUUGCGUUUCAGUUUUUCAUUUAGCCUGCAGAGGGCGCUUUGCAACUAGAAAUUCAACU